CCAGCGAUUGAAUUUCCAGAGCCGAGUCCCCCUCUGUCUCUGCGCGUGCGAGCGCGUUUUCCUCAGGGUGGUGGUUUCCCCUUUGCUUUGCCUCCUGCUUGCGGUCGCGGCCGAUCGCGAAGGCGGUGCGAUUGGCUGCUGCCGACACGGAGCAGCCCGAGAGCCGAGGCUCGCCCUCGCUCGCACACGCACAGCGGCGCGCACACCCCACGAACGCUCGCCUUGGUCGUGCCGGCACCGCUCAAAGCGGGCACGGAGCAUCCCGCUGCGCGCAGAGCGGCACCUCGCCUCUCCUCAGCAAACAACCUGCACGGCAAGGGGAAUCGACACCCAAGCUGCUGGCGCCGGGAGAGACCGGUCGUUUAUACCGUGCCGCUUUCCUCCACGACGGUUUUCGGAUAUUUUUUCUUUUUUUUUCUUUUUCCUCCAAAAAGAGGAAACCCCGUCUCCGAUUUCCAGCGCCGCGCCCGCACCCGCACGGGUGGCCGCCGGCGGUUGCAUCUGGCCGAAACGAACUUCGCUGGGGUCUCCGUCUCUCGCCUAUCUGCCUGUCGGCCGGGACGAAAAGGGGCUCCGUAGCACGCCCGGAGAGGUCGCAAGGGCAGGAUGGCUGCGGGGACGCGCCGGGCGCUGUGCCUGUACCUGGGCUGGGGCUGUCUCUGCCUGGCUGUGGGCGACGCGCUGAAGGCUGGCUGGGUCGUGCCGCGGCGGCGAGCCGCCCCCGGAGGAGCCGCGGCAGGUGACCGCGGCACGGAGCGGCUGCCGCCGGGGGACAAGGUCUCGGAGCACAUGCUGCGGCUCUACGACCAGUACAGCGGAGGGGCGCGGGCGGCGGCGGCGCGGCCCCGGGACCCGCCGGGGCGGCUCGGACCGCACCCCCGCCUGGGCAACACGGUACGCGGCGUCCGCCCGCUGGCAGCAGGGAGCCCUGAACGCCAGAAUAUGUACAUUUUUAACUUGACGUCACUCACAGAGUCUGAAAAUAUCUUGUCGGCGUCGGUAUAUUUUUAUACCGGUCAUCUGCUGCAAUCUCACCUCAACUGUUCCCAAUCAGGAGGCUGUUCUUGUCAGGGGCAUGGGAAGCCUGAAAUUCAGAUACAUCUUUCAGUUUGGACCUUUCGUCUCAUUGGGAGCCAUGCUCGGAGCCUGGGACGUUUUCCGAUAAGUGUCUCUGCCACUUCCAGGGAUGUCCUUUCCUGGCACAGGAAGGAUAUCACUCAGUACCUGCACGAGGCAAAACGGAACAACGAACUCCUGAUCGGUGUCAGAAUUGAUCUGACUGGCUGUCACCCCUGGAAAAAGGCACCCUCUCUUUAUGAGCCGUACCUUCUGAUUUAUGCCAAUGAUUCUGCUAUUUCAGAGCCAGAGAGCGUCGUCUCUAGUUUGCAAGGGCACCGUCAUCCUCUGGCGAGGGCUGUUCCCAGGCCAGAAAAUCACACGAGGAGCAGCCUUGGAAAGCAACGGCCAAAACGCUCUGCAAACGUCCCGUUGCCAUUGCAGAAUAAUGAGCUUCCUGGGGCAGAGUUCCAGUAUGGGAAGGACAAUAGAUGGGAAGACAGACAACCUUACAGAAUCUUCCGGUCUCGGCUAGCGGAGAGGGCAAAGAGAAAAAAAAAGCAGGGGAAGAAUCGUCACCAGGAGAGCCAGACUCUUCAGUUUGAUGAGCAAACGCUGAAGAAGGCGAGGAGGAAGCAGUGGAACGAGCCAAGGUAUUGCGCCCGGCGCUAUCUCAAAGUGGAUUUUGCAGACAUUGGCUGGAGCGAGUGGAUUAUUUCCCCUAAAUCCUUCGACGCCUAUUACUGCUCGGGGGAAUGCCAGUUCCCAAUUCCAAAGACCUUGAAGCCGUCCAACCACGCUACCAUCCAGAGCAUAGUGAAAGCUGUCGGGGUUGUCCCCGGCGUCCCUGAGCCUUGCUGCGUUCCUGACAAAAUGUCUUCUCUGAGUAUCUUAUUCUUUGAUGAAAAUAAAAAUGUCGUUCUUAAGGUGUACCCCAACAUGACAGUGGAUUCCUGUGCUUGCAGAUAACAUCUGGGGAGUCCCUUUUGAAACGUGAAGGUGAACGGUUGCUCUUUAGGGACUGGGGGUGGUGUUCUACGGUAUCGACUUCUGGUUUGCACUGCCAGCGUGUUUCCUUUGGACAAAAAAGAACAAACUGUAAACCAGUAGUAACAAAGAGGACAGAAACGGAAUGGAUAUUGGAUAGCAAUUCCGAGAAAAAAGAACACAAACUUCAUUUGUCUCUGAUUUUGACCGAGAUGUGAGCAUCUGUGAUGAGGACUGACCGUUUGUUUCUGUUGUAAUUGAGAGAUGAGCAGGCACUUAGUGGACCACCCACAUUUUUGAGACCAUCGGAAGGAUGAACUGCUCUGUUUUUGCAGGAGAUCCUUGGAAGUAGUGGUAUCUGUUAAUUUUUGUCUAGGCUUUUGAGGUGACUAAGUGCGGGGGGGGAGAUUAGAAAUACGCUAUUGUUCCUUUUAAAGCUAAGCUGUCUGCCGUAGGUUAUAGAGUAGCACGGCAAGGAAAAAUCCAAAUCCUACAUACUAAGAGCCUUAGAUAAUCUCACUUAGAAAUCUGUCUGCUCGUCAUGAUCUGUCACUGACUGCCUGCGUGUAUUAAUUUUCAUUGACGUCUCGAUCGCUGCUGCAUGCAUAGUUUUGGUUUCUUCAAAGUGAGGAUUUGCCUUUUGUGCCACCGUGGAAACUCAGCAGGCCAAGGAUAUAAAAGCAUCCUGCUCAGCAAAGCUGCUGAAGGACUUGUUCUGACACAUAUUCUAGAGUGUAGUUGCAAAUCAUCUAAGCAUAAAUCACAGUAGUCCGUUUCUGAUAUGAAAUUAUUGGCCGUGUAAUCCUUAGCUGUAGGCCCUGGUCACGAUUAUUUGAUCAAAAAUGCCUCUUGGUGAGCUUUGAUUGUCAUCUAAGUUGGAUGGUAGAUCUUUUUGGUUUACCUCCAUUCACUUGUAGUCUGGAAGUCAAGUUUGUUGUACUGACGCUGUCAAUUUAAGAUUUCCUUCUAGCGGGUUUUGCACAAUAAAAAUACAAAAUAGUUUCUCGAUGAUUUCAUGUGUUAAAAAAAUGCAUUUGAGAAAGUAUGGGUGGUGGAGGAUAGAUUGAAUGAACAUCCAACGUGCCUGUAAAAACUUAGUUCUGUUACAGAGUAAAUGGUUGCAAAAGUACAUGAGAUGGAACACGUGUUGUAUUUCUAGCGGCGCAAUCUAUAGAGGAUGAUAUCUUUUGAAAUGCUUUCGAGUGCCCAGAGCAGCAUUUCGGUUUGUGCUAAAAGUAAACGUCCAUCGACCUUUCCUGGGGAAGAGUCAGAUGUUCCGGGUGCCAGGGCCUAAAAAUGUGAAGGCCAAAGCUGUCCGUUUCGCCCGGCUGAAAUGGCAGAUGACCGGGAGCAUUUUGAGAUCCUGUUUGUCACUGAAGGUGAACUUGAGGCGAUAGGCAAUGAUUUCUGCUGCUGUGAUGACACAAGCGUGGAAGGGACUUCAAAAGCGUUACUCCAAAAUGAAUGUGGGUAUGUUACUCUUAGUUUUCAGUAGAAUCGAGUCAGACUUUGUCAUGAACCAGAUCAUGUGUGCUACGUGAUACGUUCUGUCUUUUCCAACUUCAAGCUAACAGCAUUCUCCCCAGUUUAACGUAUAAAAGCGAGACGUUUUUAUGUAUGU